GGCCUACUCCGCCUCCUUCAGCCUCUCUAAGCGCCACGCUCGCGUUUGGGAAGCCACCGAGGAGAGAGAGAGCCUUGGCAGCGCCCAGGAAAGAGCGAGGCGGGGAACGUCGUCAGGUCUUUUUGGACUUACAGAGACCCUGUCCUGGGUUCAGAAGAAGAUUUGCCCAUGCCUGUCUUCCCCCGAGGCUGAGAAGAUGUGACUUGCCCAAGGUUACCCAGUGAACAUUGUAUCCUUGGUUCAUGAAUAUCACCAUCAAGCUAAACAAAUGAAAAAAAAUCCAGACUGGUUGCUCAGGAGGAGAUACAAACAAGGUUUUUUGUCUGGAUAUAUGGUCUUUAAAAAUGCCUUUCUUUUGCUCUUGACAUAACUAUCAUCAUGUGAUAAAAAACCCACACACAAAAGAUUAUUUUGAGAAGGAAAAUGCCAAAGAAAAAGAAAAAUCUAAGUGUGAGUCCAUCGAAAAAGAUCAAAAACUCAGAGACAGUUCCAGCUGGCUUUAUGCCUUCAACAGUAGAUCAAGCAAUGUUACGAAUGCCACAUGGAAUCAAGAAAGAGGAGCUCAUCAGUAAUCUUUCAGAAAUAUUUUCUGACUUGGAUCCCACUGUCAUUUACAUGGUGCUGUCUGAAUGUGAUUUCCGAGUGGAAGACACAAUGGAUUAUCUACUGGAGUUGUCCACAGCUGCAAAGGAAAUAACAUCUGAAGUCUCAGGUUUUGAUUCCAUAUCUACAUCGCUGGUUGGUGAAAAUCAGCUAUGCUCUGAAACAGAGGGCCAAAGUUCUACUGCAAUAAAAACUGUGAGCUCUAGUAAAGAAUCUGAAAAGUCUUUGUCAUCUGAAGAACUAUUUUACUUGCUACAUGAUUCUUUGGAGGAACAUAAUGUAGAUAGUGAAAUGAAGGAUUCAGAAAAUAACCACAUCUCAGGUAAUCUUUCUCUGGCCUUUUAUUAUAAUAGUUCUGACUGUGUUAAGGAGUCAUCUCAGAAUGCAGAAUCCAUUUCGGGUUAUAAUGCCACGCUUUCUUCACAACAAAUGGAAACAGACAGUGAAAAAUUGGAAAGCACCUUUGCUUUGUUAAAUCCAGAUUACUACAAAUCCUCUGAACUGAUUUGUAGAAAACCAAGUGUUCAGACAAAGGAUGGCCCAUUAGAUGAGACAGAUAUCUUUGCACCAGUCCCUGAGAGGUAUAGUUUGCCUGCAGUAGUACUUGACAGUGGUGCAGUGCCAGAAGAUAUUACCCUAGCCAACAUGGAAGUGUCUGAUACUGACCCAUCUCAAACACACAAUGUUUUUUUGGACCUUACAACUGUAAAUGGAACACCAACCCAACAGUGCCAGGGACUUGGUGAAUGUGAAACAGGUACAUCAGACAGUUUUAAUUCACAGAGUACUGAAAAUCAGGAACAUGCAAACGCUACAUAUCACAGUCCUAAAAAUGCUGCUGUGCCUGAUCUAUGUGCUGGAUCCAGUUUAACAUUAACACCUUUUACAAAUGUUGACCCAUCUCAGCAGCCAUGGAAUUCAGAAUUUUCUGUGAUUCAGAAGCAUUCAUGGGAGCCUAUUUUUUAUCCUUCAUUUUAUCCUCAAACUACAAGUCACAGCUUUGUAACUCCAGUUGCGAUCAGCCCUGGGAAGUGGAGGCCUGCUUCAGAUUUCAGGAGUCUUAGAAAAAUAUGUUCCUCUCAAGCAUUUCCACAAUCCUGGGGCAGCUCUUAUGUGCCAGAGGUAUUGGAAAAUAAAGAUGGAAGUCAAAAAAUGAACUUCUCUCAAAGACACCAGCUUCCUGGUUGCCACUCGGCGAGAAGAAAGACUAUUUUUGCAGGCCAUGUCCUUGUUCUUCUUAGAGGGGUUCCAGGGUCUGGCAAAUCAUACUUGGCAAGGGCUCUGCUUGAAGAUAAUCCUGAUGGAAUCAUCCUGAGUACAGAUGAUUAUUUUUACCAAAAAAAUGGGGAGUACCAAUUUGAUGUUGAUUGUUUAGCAGAAGCACAUGAAUGGAAUCGAAAACGAGCCAAAGAAGCGUUUGAAAAAAGGAUCACUCCUAUAAUAAUAGACAACACGAACACUCAGGCUUGGGAAAUGAAGCCUUAUGUUGCCUUGUCACAGCAACACAAAUAUAAAGUUAUAUUUCGUGAACCAGAUACGUGGUGGAAGUUUAAACCAAAAGAACUGGAAAGGCGAAAUAUUCAUGGUGUGUCUAAAGAAAAAAUUAAAAAAAUGUUGGAGCGGUAUGAACGUUGCCUGACUGUUAAUUCAAUUUUGAAUUCUUCAAUCCCCGAUGAAUUGAAAAGUGCAACCUGUGAUGAAGUCCUUCAUCAGAAAAAAGAACAGGGGAAAGAAAAUAUAUGUUCUUAUGGAAGAAAUGAAGAACCUUUCUUUUCACUUUUAAAAUAUGUGGAUGACAACUAUCUCUCAGAGAAAGUUGCAGUGGAAAAUCAGAAUCUUGAGAAGGAAAAGUAUGACUUUGGAUAUAAUUUACACGAAUGUAAUUCUGAAUACAGAGUCCCUCAGGAUGACUUGGAUGUUUGUACAUCGCCAAGAAAAGACAAAAUGGAUUCUGUUUUUGAAACAGAACUCAUUAAAACUGACAUACCAAAAGGGAAGGAAAUCUCAGAUUUCUGUGUCAAUGAAAACAUUCAGGAAUACAGCAACAAUGACUUAAAAGCUCAAGUAGAAAUGAAUCAGUCCACUGAAGUACUAAUAGAAACAAAAUCAGGAGAGAAACAAACAAUGGAUGGGGGAGAUUUAACUUUAAACAAAUCAGUAAGGCCAGAGGUGUUCAAUUUUGUGGGAGACUGGCCGAUAGAACAAACUAUGGGGCAAAGGGUGAAAAGAGCCAGAAAAUUAGAAAAACUUACAAAGAAUCACAAAGAGGAUAAAGAUGCAAACUUGCCCACUUUUGAUUCCUUAAAGAUUCCAAGUGAAGGUGAAAAAUUGGACUUGAUAGAUGCUUCGAAGGAGAUGGUGCUUUCUGUAAAUAAGGAGCACGACAGUCACCAAAUCUCUGCCUCUAUGUCCAAUGUUUAUACAGAAAAGGAUACAUCAGGAUUGGUGGUUGUAGGAGACUGGCCUGUUCAAAACUCUCUAGAACAAAGGCAACACAAACUUAAAAGAAUACCUAAGAAAAUCCUUAGUGAAUCAGAAGAGAUUGGAAGUAGUCAAUGUGAUAACAGUAUAAAUAUCCAAAGUGCAGUGGCUGACCUUUCAGGCACAUCUGCAAGUACUGACAAGAAGGAAAGUGUUCAUGCAUCUAAUAGCUCAGACACUGUUCAUGACAAGAAGCCAGUACAAAAUAAAAAAAUACGGAAGCACCAUAAAUUAGCCCUAACAUUUACCAAUAAUUUGGCCCAUAGCAAACCAGAGGAACAGUUGACUCUGUUUAAUGUGCUUGAAGAGAAACCUGAUGAAUGCAUCAUGACAGAAACCAACAAGCAUUCACAAACAGAGCCUCAAGAUUUUGCUCUUCUUUGGAGGCUUGAAAGGAAAAUCAUUGUUUCGCAAGAUACCAAAGUUUUACAUGGUAGGCUAGAUGGAUUCAUACCAAAAGAUGUUGAUGCCACAUGUCCAGAAAAAAUACCUUAUAAAGUAACUUAUGAGAAAAGCACAUAUGUGGAAGAAAGUGAACUUGUCAGUGUUGAUGAAUCUGAGAAUCUAGAUAUUUUGUGUAAACUCUUUGGAUCCUUCUCAUUUGAUGCACUAAAAGACUUGUAUGAAAGAUGUAACAGGGACAUUGAUUGGACUACAGGAAUCCUGUUAGAUUCUGAUGAGAAGUUAUGCAAAGAUGAUAACAUUGGAUGCUUGCAGAAAGGAGAGGCUCAAUUUUCUGCCAUGUCUCAGUCCAAGGAAAAUACUGGUGGUGAAGGGAAUGUUGCAGACUUUGAAGAAACCAAGCAAGAAACUGUGAGUGUGUCUUCUAGAUAUAUCACAGAUUCUGAAAUAAUUGCUAAUUCAGUUGAUAAUGGACAUCUUAAAACAUCAGACGCUUUCAAGAAAAAUGCUGAAAUAUCCAACAUGUUAGCAGAUAUGUUGCUUACUCCCUCAGAAAUAAACAAAGGUUCUGACCAAGCUCUUCCAGAAGAAUCAAAAGAGGACACCUCUGUCUUAGAUUGUAUGAAAACACAUGCAAAAGAGAUGUAUUCUGUUAUUCUGUCAGAAAAUGCGCAUCAGAACAUACCUUUACAUACUGAAAAGGAUGUAUGUGUUCCUGUGGUGGUACCUGAUGAUUUUAAUGGAGACUUCAGCACUUUGAAACCUACUUUUGAUAUGGUAACUGGUAAUUCAUCUUCAGAAGAGUGUCAGGAGUGUUCAGUAGUAAAAGAUACAGAUGUUCAGGAGCUGUUGUCUGACCUAAUGCAAACAGAAAAUUUGGAAAAUAAUGGAGGCAGAUUGGAAGAACACAAAGAAAUGGAUUCUAAACCACUGUUUUCAAAACAAGCAGAAAAUAAACAGAACAAAAAGCAUACUCAAGGUGAUGACAUAACCAAGAUACUGAACCCCACACCUGCAUCAAAUCCUGUCAGCAUAGAUUGUCUGGAACUGACCUUACCUCCAGAAUUAGCCAUUCAAUUAAGUGAAAUAUUUGGACCUGUUGGUGUUGAUUCAGGAUCACUAACCUCUGAAGAUUAUGUGGUUCAUAUUGAUCUUAAUUUGGCCAGAGAAAUUCAUGAGAAAUGGAAAGCAUCUAUUAUGAAAAGUCAAAAGAGAGAAGAGGAAUUGAACAAGCUCCUUGAAGAAAAUCCUAUGCUAUUUGAGCACUUACAUCUAGAUGAGCUGGACAGUGUCCUCUCUCAGCAUACGAACAGUCAAGGAAAAAAUACUGAAAAACCACUCAUUGAUGAACUGGCUGGAAAUGCAGCAGCUUCAGACAUUUUUCCUUUCAUGGAUCAUUGGAAUGUCCAGACACAGAAAGUAUCACUUCGUGAGAUUAUGUCUGAAGAAAUAGCCUUGCAAGAAAAGCAUGAGCUGAAAUGUUUUCCUUUCAUGGCUAGAAAAGACUGUGCAGCCAGGCUGAAAGAGAAGCAACUUCUGGAGAUAUUCCCAACCAUAAAUCCAAACUUCCUAAUGGACAUGUUCAAGGACAACAAUUAUUCUUUGGAACAAACUGUCCAGUUUCUGAAUGCAGUUCUGGAAGCUGAUCCAGUAAAAACAGUUGUAGCCAAAGAAACUGCUCAGGGUGCCAUUCUGUCUUCUAACAGUGCUUUGAAGAAAAAGGUCAAAAAAAACAAGGAACCAGAAGACAUUCUCAGUGAGAAUGUUUUUCAAGACUUUGAAUAUCCUGGAUAUGAUGACUUCAGGGCUGAGGCAUUUCUUCACCAGCAGCGUAGACAAGAAAGUCUGAGAAAAGCUGGGGAAGCAUAUCGCAUGGGAAUGAAGCCUGUAGCAGCAUUUUAUGUACAACAGGGUCGCCUUCAUGAGCAAAAAAUGAAAGAAGCAAACCAUGCUGCCGCUUUGCAAAUAUUUGAGAAGGUGAAUGCCUUGAAACUGCCUGAAAAUCUUUUGGACCUGCAUGGUCUUCAUGUGGAUGAAGCUUUGCAUCAUCUGGAUAGAGUACUACAGGAAAAAACAAAAGAGUACAACCUGGCUGGUGGUAAGCCAUAUCUCUACGUGAUCACAGGAAGGGGAAACCAUAGCCAGGGAGGAGUUGCUCGUAUCAAACCAGCCGUUAUGAAAUACCUCACAAACCACAAAUUCAGUUUUGCAGAAAUAAAACCAGGCUGCUUGAAAGUCAUGCUGAAGUAAAUGGAUGUCACUAAGAAGAGGACUGCAAAAGCUGACAUAAUUUCAAAGUUUAUUGGGGUUACCGUGGUACUUUAAAGAACAAUAUUUUGCUGGAAAUGUUUUAACUUAUUUUUAGAAGGCGUUUUUGUCAGCAUCACUUCUCUUUCCCUCACCAAAACUGAAGUGGGUAUUUGUUUUUGAGAGAUUUAUUUUUAUAGACAAUUUGAUGUCAUGAUAUGCAUUGUGAAGAGUCAUGAUAUGCAUUGUACAAGAAGUGAACUUUUAAAGGGAAACAAAGUUCAGUUUUGAAAUACUAUCCUCAGAUUGUGAAAAAAAACUAUUAAUAUCUAGAAUGCAAUGCUUUUUGACAUUUCCUUUUUUGUAUAAGCAUUUUAAAAUAACCCUACUAAGUUUUUAAGAGUACUUCAAAUGUUUUAAAAUAUUCAAAAGGGGUUUUUUUUUUUGGUUGGGAGGGACAAGUUACAGUGGGUCUAGUAGUUAGUGCUAACAACUAUUUUUAUUCUUCUGUUUUCAUGAGUUUCAUUUUUCUCUUUGUGAGGAAGAGAAGAAAGAGAAAGUGUUCUGUAUUAUACAAGAGAAAUAGCAGAUCUUUUACAGCAGUGAAUUAUUUGUCCAAUCCUUUCUGCUUCUUACACUUUCCUUCUUCAUUACUCUAAUACCUUGGAAGCAUUGACAGUAUAGACCAGUGAAAUGAUGAACUUUGUUAUGAAACAACAGAGGUACCUAAUUCUUUUGUCUGCCUAUAUCUGAGUAGUGAAGAGCAGUUUCUGCCACUUAUGAGCUUGUUUGGAGUUUUAUUAUGACUCGAAUGUUUCCCCACAUUCAUCCUAAUUGGAGGUACUGUCAACAUGCAAUAGAGAGAGCCUUUUGUGGACAGGGCUUUCCCUAUCGAUAUCACUGUCAGAGUCUCCCCCAUCAUCACGGAAGAUAUGUGCCAAGAGCACUGAAAUAGAAUGCCCCUUCUCUUGUCAGAUUCUCUUGUCUACUGUAACUCCUUCUUGGGGGAUUGUUUCAAAAUCUUGAAAAAACAAAAUGUAAGGGAACUCUAUAUUUUCUAUUUUGCUUUCUUGUUAGAGAAAACACCAGCACAUUGACACCAUGUAAGAGGGUGCAGGUUCAUGUGACAUUAGCAGGAACACAGAUAGAAACAUGUCUUUAGUGACAGCUGCUGCACUGAUGAAAAAAAGUGGUAUCUUCUGAACUGACAUGAGUGUUCAGAUCUCAAGUACAACAAUGUGUGCAUGUGUGUCCCAAUUAUAUCAUCUCCUUUAAAAAUCUUUCUUUGUUGUUGCUAAUAACAGUAGUUUGUGUGGAUUUUUAAAUGUAUGAAUUCAUUGUUGGGAAUAAGUGGCCUCAAAAUAUUUUUAACGUUAAAAAAUAAAUAAAUUGAAAAAUAGAGGAUGAGAUUAGUUAUCAGAUUAACAGGAUUGAAUCUCUCCAGUGAUAUCCAGUGCCUCUGUAAUAAAGAUGGGCAAAGUGUGUCUUGAUGUUUCUGGACUGCAGUUCCCAGCAAUAAUUGCCAUUGGCUAUGCUGCUUAUGUCUGACUGGAAUUGCAGUCCAG